UGCCCAGCACGUGGUCAGACAUGUCUGUACUGGAAAAAGCCAAACCACUUUGCUGAAGUCUGUAGAUCAAAAGCCCGAAGACAACGAUUUCACUCAUUAGAACGAGCCGGAAGCCAAGCCUCACAGACAAGCGCCGAAUCAAUAUUAUCAGCAGCAUUCCAGUCGCUUGUCUUCCAAUCAAUCACCACAGCUGGUGUCUCGCGCAGAGAGUCUAAUCGUUAUAGAGAUGAAGUGUUCGUAUCAAUUAAUCUAAACCUGCCACAGGAGACCCAAAAGAACACCAUCCUUAAAGCCAAACUUGACACCGGUGCACAGGGCAACAUACUCCCGAUGCGGCUCUAUCGUCAAAUGUAUCCGCACACCCUAGACGACCAUGGAAGUCUGAGACCAGGUUCCUUGUCAUCCUCGGAUGUUAUCCUCACUGCCUAUGGCGACUCACAAAUCAAACAUCACGUUACUGUUACCAUACCUUGUUCCUACAAAGGGGAAAACGCUCGAGCAUCCUUCUAUGUCACAGACAACCCAGGCCCAGCAAUAAUAGGCCUCCCGACUUCCACCGACUUGAAGCUGCUGACACUUAACCUUUCUAUUGAGGAAAAUGACCCCACACCCCGCAACAGUACAGUUUCCAAGGAGCAACCCAUUAAGGACAAACAGGACCUGAUCUGUCAGUAUCCCGAAUGCUUCAAUGGAGUGGGAAAGUUCCAAGGCUAA